UACGAGUAAGUAUUUUCAUAACUACAGUCGUCGACUAGUCUUCAAAUUGCUAGCAAAACAUAGGCCCUAAAAACACCAAAAUUCCUAUCUCUCUGUGUAUAUAUAUGUAAAGCACAUAUCUAAUUUUGAAAUAAAACAUUCAUAGAUUAGCUUUUUCAAUGGCCUCCAAUCUCCAUUUCCAAAACCAUGGCCAAAAAAAUCAUGAUAUUGUAGUAGUUGUUGUCCCUUUUCCAGCACAAGGACAUCUCAAUCAACUUCUUCAACUAUGUAAACUCAUUGCUUCCUAUAAUGUAAAAGUCCAUUAUGUUACAACCAAGACACACACUCAUCAAGCUAAAUUAAGAGUUCAUGACCCUUUUUCUUUUGUCAAUAUUCAUUUUCAUGAAUUCUCAACACCAUUUUUCGUAUCUCCCCCUCCUAAUCCGAACGUUUCCAUCAAAUUUCCUUGCCAUCUUCAACCAUCAUUCGAGGCAACUUCUCAUCUACGAAAGCCUGUGGCCAAACUUCUUCGUGUCCUCUCGUCGAAAAGCCAGAGAGCAAUCAUCAUUCAUGACUCCCUAAUGGGGUCAGUGGUUCAAGAUUUUGUGUACUUACCAAAUGCAGAAGCCUAUGCUUUUCACAGUGUGUCAGCUUUCACAUUGUUCUUGUUCAUAUGGGAGAAUAUGGGCAGGCCUUUUAACAUUGAUGCAAAUAUGCUAAAAGAUGUUCCUUCACUUGAAGAUUGUUUUAGUCCUGAAUUUGAGAAAUUCAUUAGAAAUGAAUAUGAUUACUUGAAGUUCAAUUCAGGGAAGAUUUACAACACAUGCAAAGUUAUAGAAGGUCCUUUUCUUGAUUUGCUGUCCAAGGAACAGAUUAGUAAUAACAAAAAGCAGUGGGCACUUGGACCAUUCAAUCCUGUUUUAGUACAACAUGGGACCAAAGGUAGUACCAAACGACAUAAAUGUCUAAGUUGGCUAGACAAACAAGGACAAAACUCUGUGAUCUUCGUGUCUUUUGGCACGACAACUUCAUUUUCGGAUGAACAGAUCAAGGAGAUGGCAAUUGGAUUGGAAAAGAGCGAGCAGAAGUUCGUUUGGGUACUGAGAGAUGCCGAUAAAGGGAAUGUUUUCGCUAAAGAUCAAUCAAGAAAGAUCGAUUUGCCAAAAGGGUUCGAAGAGAGAGUUAAAGAAAAGGGAGUGGUGUUAAGGGAUUGGGCGCCACAGUUGGAAAUAUUGGCACAUUCUUCUGUAGGCGGUUUUAUGAGUCACUGUGGAUGGAAUUCGUGCAUGGAGAGCAUUUCCAUGGGCGUGCCAAUAGCAGCGUGGCCAAUGCAUUCGGAUCAACCCCGAAAUACUAUAUUGGUCACGAAGAUUUUAAAAGUUGGCAUAGUCGUUAAGGAUUGGACUCGUAGGCACGAGAUGGUAACAUCUAUCAUGGUGCAGGCAGCAGUGGAAAAAUUAAUGGCGUCUAAAGAAGGAGAAGAAAUGAGGAACAGAGCAAUGGAUUUGAGUGCAGCUCUUAAGAAAUCAGUAGCAGAAGGUGGUAUUAAGAACAUGGAGUUGGAUUCAUUCAUUUCUCACAUAACAAGGCAAAUUUGAUCAAUCCUAGAUCACUUGACUCUCCCCAUUUCAACGGUUUUCAUUGUGCAAUAAGGUCUUACUAUCUAGAAGGAUUUAUUUAAUCUAUAUAAUGUAAAGAAUUUUUAUAUUAUUACUGUAUUUUAACCUAUUUUAGCAUGUCAUUUGCCUUAUUUCCAAGUUACUACAUUAACAACUGUUAGAGAUAGUUAUGUAAAUGUUAGAGAUAGCUAUGUAAUUGUCCCACAUUGGAAUAGGAGUAGUAUCUCCUUUGUAUAGAGUAGCU